CACGUGAUGCGUUGAUGGAGAGACCGAGGACCCACCUAUAGGAGCAGACUGUGCCUCCUCCCUCCCUGCUCUUCUGUGGUGAUCUUACGCACAGGGGAGCCGCAGUGUGCAGCGAGCGGAGCGCAAAUUUAAGUCUCUAAUUUCCACAACAGGAGCGGGUGGAUAAGUGCAGUUUGCGCCACUUUCGCACCGUUUUUCCAAACUCCCAAUGGGAACCUGAAACCUGCCUGCCGCAUCUCUCAAACACGGAGCCGCAGAAAUGGACUGUUGCGCAUUUGGAUAUUUACGCAUCGCGUUGCUGUGGGUCGUGCAACUAGGAGCGCUUGCACAACAUGCUCCAGAGUGUUACCCAGGAGGUCAUCGGACUUUGCGUAAUCCCUAUCGCAGCGUCGACUUUGACUCCACGGAGAUCCAGAACACGGCCAUCCAGGACCUGAUCUGUGACCACUCGCUGUCGCCGGGCUGGUACAGAUUCAAGAUCAACAACAAGCCGGCGGAGAUGCCGACCACCUGCGUUGAGAUGAACCGCUGUGGUACACAGGCUCCGGUGUGGCUGUCACUGAAGGAUGCUUCCCUGCCCCGGCCUGGCGAGGUCCGCCAGCUCUCCGCCUGCGCCACCUGGCAGUUCUUCCAAGGCAGCACCAAGGACUGCUGCCUCUUCCGCAUCCCCAUCACGGUGCGGAACUGCGGCGAGUUCCUGCUGUACCACCUGCAGCCCACGCAGGGGUGCAUGGGAUACUGCGCCAAAGUCACUCCAGAGUUAGGACCCAGGCUCUGCCCACCAGGUGAGGUCGAAGUCAACGGCCGAUGCAAAGCUGCCGUCCCGUCCCUGCCGUCACGCCCAGUGAUCACCCCGGAGCUCAUCGGCCACAGUGUCCAACUGAGGUGCUCCUUCAUCCCGCCGCCUUGGAACCAGCCACUGGGCUUCCAGGUGGUCUGGGCCAGACACAUCGGCCACAGCAUGAAGGCCGAGAUCAGGCAGGAAUCCACGCUGAAGCCCUUCUCUCUGGUGGAGAUGGAUGGCGUUCACUUCAGGCUCGGAGAAACGUUCUCCUGCAGUGUGUCAACUUUCAGAGCCAACUUCAGCCACAGCAGAUCUUCUCCGAAAGAAAGUGAAGGUUUCUACGCAGGACUGAAGUUUUCUCCAGACUCGCUCCACAUCGCAGAGAACAGUAAAGAGCACGAGGUGACCGUGCACAGCACAGUACCCAUCCCCUGCUUCGACCCCGACCACGGCCACCAGUGUGGAGUCCCUCUGGCUCUGAGCGUCCACGACCCAGACAGUCUCGGACAUGAGGCCCCAAAUGUGGCGCUGUCCGCCUGCCAGGUGGAGCUCCAGCCCAGCGCCUGCAGCCAAGGCAGCUGCGGCCAGGUGAGCUUUUUUGUCACCGCCGUCACCGAUUUCACACAUGAUGGGAAUCGGCUGAGUCUGAUCGGUGUUUUACCCGGAUCGAGUGCACCGAGAAUCUGGAGAAGCUACGCACCGACGUCUCUGAAAGUCACGGUCCAGGACGUUCCUACUUCCAUCUGCUACUCUCUGACUGACCCACAUGUCAUUACACUAGACGGCAGGCGUUAUGAAAACCACCAGACCGGCACUUUUGUCCUCUACCGGAGCCUCGUCAGGGAGUUUGAGGUCCACUCUCGCCAGUGGGACUGUGGCAGCCGGCACUACGCUGUCGCCUGCAACUGUGGGCUAGCAGUGCGAGAGGGAAACGAUCUUGCCAUCUUUGACAUGUGCAACGGCCAGCCGCAGGAAACCAGGCCACAGCUCACCCUGAAGAACCUAGAUGACAGGGAGGGCAGUGGAGUCAGGGUGCUGGAGUCCCACCAGGGGAAGAAGGUCACCUUGAUCUUUCCCUCCGGGGCCUUUGUUAGGGCCGAUGUUGGCGAUUGGGGGAUGAGCCUGUCCGUACGGGCGCCCAGCGUUGACUACAGCAACACGCAGGGCCUCUGCGGCACCUUCGACCGCAAUGGCAACAACGACUUCCACGGCUCCGAUGGUGGCUCCUAUGGUCCUGAUGAUCUGCAUCGCUUCAUAGAGAGCUGGAGGAUAGCACCCGGUGAGAGUUUAUUUGACAAGACACCUCCUGGGACGACGCAGGAGGUCAAGAGGCCCUUCUGUCAGUGCCAGAAAGGAUACAGCACUUCCCAUCACACCGGCAGAGGGAUGAGGAACUUGUACGAUCCUUCCGCUCACUCCGACUGCAUAGCAUACAGUAAUGUGGAUUAUACAUCUGUGUUCCCCUCUAUGGACACAACAGUGGAAUACAUCAAGAGUCCAGAGAGGGAGGAAAGCAUCCUGGAUAUGUCUGCCUUUAGAAGUCAUCCUCUGGAGAGGAGGCACCUUGGGUUUCACACCGGGAACAAUCAAAACAGUGACGGUGGUCUUGAACUGGAUGGUGAGUUCAGGGAGGAUCUUCUGCUUUCCACUGACAGGCCAAAGAGACAGGCGUCAUUUGAAUUUAAGCCUGUUUUCACGACUCAGAGCCUCAGCCAGGCCGAUCUGGAGAACCUAGCCUACUUCUUCCCUGAGGAUCACUUGGCGGAAGCCCGGCCGGAGGUGCAGCCUGAGUGGCCCACACCGAGCGGCCUGACCUCCACCAAAGCUCUGGAGGUGUGCCAGAUCGCUUUGGCCAACUCCACCGUUGGCGCCGUGUGCCGAGGGCUACUGGGACGCCGUCUGGACGAGGCAGUGGAUCUCUGCAUUCUGGACCUGCAGCUCAAAGACGACCUGGGCUGGGAGGAGGCGCUGCUGCCGUACCUGGAGAAUGAGUGCGAGAGGAGGCUGUUGGAAAACAGGACCCUGAGAGCCUUGGAGGUGUCCGGUCGUCCAGGAACGUCCAGGGAGGUGGUGACAGCACUGCGCUGCCCCAACUUUUGCAACGGAAAUGGAGAGUGUACAGAGUGGGGCUGCCAGUGCUACCCCAGCCACAGCUUCUACGACUGCAGCCUGGCCAUCAGCCAGCCAUUAGAAAUAACAGAUUUGGAGAACGGUGGACUGUGUGACAUCCGCACCUUCAACUGUCGCAGCGUUCGAGUGUUUGGCCUCGGCUUCAUCGACUCUCCUGACCUCAGCUGCCACGCCAACAGACUUAAGUACAUGAACGCAGUUUGGGUUCCAGGGGAAAAACAGAGAACAAAAGCCACCUUCCUCAGCUCCAAGGCUUUAGACUGCGCCGUGCCAUCUCUGAGCAACACAGCCGUCAACACAGAAGACUUCAUGAUGGACGACAAACCAUACGCACGCUGGGAGAUUAAGGUCACCAACGAUGGCUCCCAGUACAGCCAGGCCAAGGUGCUGACGAUCUACGAUGGCGUUUGCCAGGUGUGCGACGCAUCGCGCUCAGGACUCUGUAAGUUAAAGGAGAGGACGUGUAACAUCGACGGGAUGUGUUUCGCAGAGGGAGACUCCAAUCCCAGCAGCCCCUGCCUCCUCUGUGACCCCGACACCUCCAAAUUCACCUGGUCUGUGAAUCAAGUCAAUGAGCCGCCGGCCUUCCACCAGCCUCAAAGCGCCCUCCGGACAUUUACCGGGGAGAACUUUGUCUUCCAGUUUGCAGCAUCAGACCCCGAGGGCUCGGCACUCCUCUUCCAGCUGGAGGAGGGGCCAAAGGGUGCCGUCCUCUCCCCUGCCGGCCUUCUUAUCUGGAGGGUCCCAUCUUUUCCUGAGGAGGAGGGGCGUCAGUCGAGUAGCUUGGUUCGCUUCACGCUGUCAGACGAGUGCAACGCCCAGAGCGCCUCCACCGUGAAGAUUGACGUGGUGCCAUGUGGGUGUAAGAACGGAGGUACCUGUGUAACGGACGUCAAUUUUCCAGCAGGCAGUGGGAAGUACCUGUGUGUGUGUCCUGAGGGUAGGCAGGGCGACCUCUGCAACGAAGAUGUGGACGAAUGUGUGUCGGCCCCUUGCGCAGUUGGCAAGUGUAUUAACACAGCCAGUGGGUACAGGUGCGAGUGUCCUGUGGGACUGAGAGGUAUAACGUGCCUGGAAGACAUCAAUGAGUGUGAAAGGAAGCCGUGUUUCCCAGGAGUCCAGUGCAUCAACAGCUUUGGCUCCUAUGGCUGCGGGCCAUGCCCCACAGACAUGAUGGGUAAUGGGACGAUAUGCACAGCAGUCGUGAGGACGGUCCCCAUCUCCCCCACAUCUGCUGCUCGUACGACGGACUACAGGAUACCAGAUGUUCUUUUGCAACCGCCCAAAAUAAAGACAGACACAUUCCGGAAGACCUCAAGUGGCAGCUCCCCGCAGACGAGGGCUGAAGCGGGGAGGACAGUUCCAAGGAUUGACCUGAACCGAUCACAAACUAAGACCCCCACAUGGGGACGGAUUCCAGGAAUGAGCCUGAACCCAGCGCUCACAAAGGCAGAAACUAACCGGAGCGUCACAGCAGCAACACCAGUUGUGACCCAAACAAAGACUGAUGCUUUGAGAAAAGGCCAAGGAAAACUUAACCCAUCUUCAACUAACACUUUCAAGAACAUCUCAAGAAUUAUACCAGACCAAGUAAAGCCUGAUCAGCCCAAAAUCAGCAUCACUAUUGCCAAGACCUCCACUGUAGCCCAACCAUCAGGAAGUGCAGCUUCAGGAUCUGGUCAGUCUCUGGCUGUGAAUGUGUCGGCGACGUGUGCCAGCAGGCCCUGCUUCCCCGGGGUUCAAUGCAUCAACCGCAGGCCGCCGCACGUCGGAUAUGUGUGUGGCCGCUGCCCGCCUGGCCUUCACGGCAACGGACGUGUGUGCAUGAAGAACGCUAAGGAAGCAUCCAAUCACCUUCCUCAGCAGCAGACAGUAAGCAAGACUGGCCGAUCCCCCUAUGGAAGCAGCAGCAAAGUCUCCCAGCUCCACCUGCCCAACCUGCCCACCAGGCACGGCAUCAAACACCUGUCCUGGUCCGUCACCAGAGCGAACCGAGACAACGCACCACGCCAGGUUCCUGCUUCAGGGAGGGGAGGCGGGACGGGGAGGAGAGAGGCAGUCACUGUUGGUUCCAGAGAUGUUCCCAGAACAUCAGUCGGCGCCCUCAAUACUCACAUCACCCACCACAGUAGCAACCUCAGAACCGAUGCCAGGACAUACACCAGAUCCAGCACGACUGUUUCCAGAGAGUUUACGGUUCCUCACGUGACGGUCUCCAAGCAGUCUCAAGGAGCAUUGACCAGUGUCACACCAUCUAAGGUAACACUGCCCGCACCUCACGUAUCCACUCAGUCUGGCAAAGUGGGGCAUUCCAAACAGACAACCCAGCCCCAGCUUAACUCCGUGGUAUCCACCCACGCCAAACCCUGGACCCCUCCAAGACAUGCCUUCCCACUUACUGCAGCCCUCACCGCUCUGUCCUACUCGCUGUCUGAGUCAGAGUUCUCUGCAGAUGGAGAUGAGGGUGAGACGAGAUCCGAAGGCCCAGAUUUGCCGCAGGUGGUCCCGGCGUUGCCCCUCACAACACCGGCCAAGACGGCGUACAGCGCCCCGCUACAGAGAGCUACCUCCAACCAGCCGGGGUUUAGGAGAGGUACAACAGCAGACAAACAUGCGACGACCUGUGCCGACCGGCCGUGCUUUCCUGGUGUCCCGUGUGAACCAACCGUGGACGAGGGUUUCCGCUGCGGGAGGUGUCCUGUGGGAUACACCGGAGAUGGACGAGCCUGUCGAGCUGUUUGCAGGCAUACAUGUGGCAGGAACAUGGAGUGUGCUCGGCCCAACACGUGCCGCUGCAAACCAGGCUACACUGGAUCUGACUGUCAGACAGCAAUCUGUGAGCCAGACUGUGUGAACGGGGGAGUGUGCAUUGCUCCGGGUGUGUGUCAGUGUCCCAGAGGGUUUCAUGGAGAAACCUGUCAGGAAGCUCUGUGCAGGUUACCAUGUGAAAACGGAGGCACCUGUGUUGGACUGCAGACCUGUUCAUGUCCGUACGGGUUCGUUGGACCUCGAUGUGGGACCAUGGUGUGUAGCCGUCACUGUCACAACGGGGGCCAGUGUGUGUCUCCAGAUGAGUGCUUGUGUACGACAGGCUGGACCGGACUGUCCUGUGAGACCGCUCUCUGCUCUCCCGUGUGUCUCAACGGAGGUUCGUGUGUCCGGCCGAAUGUUUGCGACUGUCCUCAUGGUUUCUACGGAGCACAGUGUCAGAACGCUGUCUGCAGCCCUCCCUGUAAGAACAGCGGUGUGUGUAUAAGGAACAACGUCUGCUCCUGUCUGCACGGAUACACCGGGAGUCGAUGCGAGAAAAGUGUGUGUGAGCCCAUGUGCAUGAACGGCGGCAGGUGCGUCGGCCCAGACGUUUGCGACUGCCCGUCAGGUUGGCGAGGAAAGAGAUGUGAUAAACCCAGCUGUCUGCAGAAGUGUCUGAACGGCGGGGAGUGUGUUGGACCCAACACCUGCCACUGCGCCCCGGGCUGGCAAGGCAUGCUGUGUCAGAUCCCUCACUGUGAACAGAAGUGUCUUUACGGCAGUCGAUGUGAGCGACCGAACGUCUGCGCCUGCCGCAGCGGAUACUCCGGUUCUCUUUGCUCCAGAAGGCUCCCUAUUUCCCACGGUUGAGACCCACUCACAGCCGACAAACACCAAACAAUUGGAGUCCAAUCAGCAGCGAUCAAACCUCCAGGUGAACCAGAGCCAUCGGCACAGAAGGAAACCCAAAGUGUCUCAUCACUGGGAAACAAAGCAGAGGAAGCUUCUAUCUUAGCUAAAUAAUCUCACAGCAGGGGGAAGUUUAGGUUUUUAUAACGUGAUAACAUGCAAAAAAUACAUCUGUAAAAACGAGACAUUGUGCUUUAAGAGGCAGGAAGUAUCUAGAAGUUAUACAGGUGCAGCUAUUUCUUAAUAAACUACCUUUGUCCUGCAGUUCUGCUACACAUCUGCAGCUACAGUGGUUGUUGCCAGGUAGAUUUCAUUAACAGAGAUAUUGACAGAGAUAAAGACUCCACAACGCUACGUUCUGCAGACAGGAGAUCAUGACCUCACCAUUCUGCAUCCCAGCAUUGCAUCACAUUUUCACCAGGACUUCACAAGCAGCUAUUUCAAUCUGAGUUUACUGUGAACGCCAUCAUGUUCAUGUUCAUGUUCAGGUCCCACACCACAAACCCAAACCUCUGUACGAGUAUUUAUUUAUUUGGUUGUUUUAUAUUGUCGCAUAUUUCCUGCUGUAUAUAUCUUAACCACUGUGUAAUCGAUGUUAUUUCUUAUUAAAGCGAUGUUUAUUGGCUGUUUUGUAAGAAAACAAAUAAAGAUCCUUCAAAGGUUU